AUGAACGGCGUGGAAGUCGAACCGGACAUCGAGAAGAACCGUUGUGGGAACUGCAUCGGUUGUUUUCGAACCACCAACUGUGAGAAGUGCGCGAACUGCGACAAGAAGAUUUCGCCGUGCCUGCGGCGGAUAUGCGUGCAAUCGGAUGAAAGUCCAAUCCAAUCUCGUGGAAAUCGUAAGUUGUGUUGGUUUUUGUUGAUUUUUUUGGUUUAGACAAGACGCCAGUCAAAAAGGAGAAGAAGGGCAAGGCGAAGAAGGUGCCUCUGAAGAAGAACAAGGUGAGUGGAGCUUAAUCUUUGACUUCUGCACAAAAUUUAUAUUACACUUGACGGUUAAUAUAAAUUUUUGAUUUCAUCUACCUCCGGUGAUCUCUAUCGGUCUUUUUCUCAUAUGCUAAAAUAUUUUUUAUAGGUGCUAAAGGUCAAAAAAUCUCCUAUGAAAAGCCCAGUUAAGAAGCUGAGUAGACGCGAAAAGAAGCAGUCCAUCUCUCAGCUCUUCGAAAUGGAGCCCCGCGAUGAAUUUCUGGAGCCAAAGGAAGAACCAAUCUCUUCGUGCAACAGUUCCCCAGUCAAAUUUACCGAGCAUGCAGUGAAAAUUGAGGUAAAGCAGGAACCGAAGGAGAACGAAAACAUUGACAUCAACCAAGAGAUCAAACAAGAAGAAAGAACGUUGAGUCAGAGUGAUACUUCAAGUCAAACCGGCCAAGUAAAGCAGCGAAAACCUCACAAACCCCACAAACCUCAUGUAUGGAAGACGAAGGAGCAAAGAUUGGCGUUGAAGUUGCUCAAAGUGAGAUUUUUUAUCUUAUACUAUUUCAAAUUUUAGGAGAAGCAAGAAGAACUCGAAAUGCGUCAAUGUCUGGGGCCGGGCUGCGUGAAAUUCGCCGUUCCCAGCUCCAAAUAUUGCUCCGAAGAGUGUGGGAUGGCGCUGGCCAAGAUACGUCUAUGUCGAAUCUUGCCUCAGCGUGUGGCCGACUUCUAUGGCGAAAAGCCACUCUCCGAACUCGAAGCUGACAUAAAAAUUCAGCAGUUGACCAAGAAAAAGGCUGAAAUUGAGAACGGCCUUUCGUUGGCCGACUCAUACACAAAAAAUCUCGAUUUAUACUUGUCGGUGCUCUCGCAGGGCUCAACUGUAGUUGUCCCAUCAUCCAGCAACCAAGAAAGAGAGGAUGAUGAAGUUUCUUUUGUAUGUUUUUGCGAUUUGAAAAAAUUCUGGGCAAUUUUAUAUUCCACUACCUAGUGCAAUAUAAAAACAAGGAAAAUAGUUCUAUGGAGUAUGGAGUUACUGGUCGAGAAAUAUAUCAAAAAAAUCGCAAAAUUUUUCUAAUUCAGAAUAUGUAAAAAUUAGCUGCCUAAUUUUGCUUUGUAAGAGUGAAAAAUCCUCAGAACUUGUCUCGCAACACCACGCAAAUGCCUGUUUGAUCAAGUUUUUACCUGUUCAAAAGCUUUUUUUGGGGCUAAGGUAAACCCUGGCGUCUUGACAAGCCUUAAAAUAUCAAAUUUGAUUCAUACUACAUCAACACACAAAUGCCUCUUUUUUAUAUUGGAACUACUAAUUAAGGUGUAGUAUUAAUCAAAUUUGAUAUUUUAAGGUUUUUCAAGAUACCAGGGUUUACUUUAGCUCCAAACAAAGCUUGUAAAAACUUGGUCAAAAAGGCAUUUGCGUGGUGUUGCGAGACAAGUUCUGAGGGUUUUUUCACCCUUACGAAACCAAAUUAGGCAGCUAACUUUUACAUCUUCUGAAUCAGAGAACUUUUGCGAUUUUUUUGAUAUAUGUCUCGACCUGUAACUCCAUACCCCAUAGAAGUAAUUUCCUUGUUUUUAUAUUGCACUAGGUAGUGGAAUAUAAAAUUGCCCAGAUUUUUUUCAAAUCCUCCUCUUUCAGCCUCACAGUUGUUUCAUUUGCGGCUCGGAUGUGUCAGUGCGCUCGUUGCCAAAGCACAUCCAGAAAUGUUUUGUUCGAAUGGAGAAGCAGACAACUUUUGGGACCAAGUCCAAGUUCUCCUAUAAUCCGAACAACAUUUUGUGCGAGACCUUUGACAAAACGACGCAGACCUUCUGCAAACGUCUCAGAGUAAUGUGUUCGGACCAUUACAAGGACGAAAUUGGGUCCAGCAUGAAGGUGAGAGGAUUAAUUUAUAUUACACUAGACACCUGCUUACUAAAAGUUUUAUUUUUUGGACUUUUUUGGUGAAUUAUUAGCUGAGAAUCUUAAUGGAGUGUUCUGUGGAUAGUAAUGUUGAUUUUUAGGUAUGUGGUUAUCCGAUUGUUUGGAGCCAGAGCCGCUCAAUGGAGAUGAAAGACAUGUUUGGCAAUUUGGAGUCAAUCCUCUCGGAAGGGAUGUGUUUUGCGGAGAGAAAACAAUGCGACAAGCAUUAUCUUUGGGAACAGGUAGGCUUUCAACAAGUUUUCAGCCAAUUUUUGCUCAUGGAUUAUAAAAAAUUUGUCAUGGAUAAUAUAAUUUUUUCAUGUUUUUGUUCCAGACGGCCUACGCGAUCAUCGACAAUGACAGGAUGAGUCUCCUCUUGCAGCUGGAUGAGAUCACCGAGCAUUACCGACGUCUGGCCGAGGUCUACCGGACUCGCGGCGAUGCGGUCACAUUGCUGCUGAAUUGGCGCGAACCGGGCCACGGCAAGCCUCAGGACGACUGCACCCAACUCCAACUGGACGCACAGGUCGAACGGAUGAUCCGCGAGUAUCAACGCGCCAACGAUUUGAAGGCCAAUUCCACCACCCCCAAGCCCCACGACCCCACGAAACCGAGGCGAGGCCGACCCCCCGGCCAACGCCGAAUCCAGCCCAACACAAGGGUGCCAGUCAGCCCCCAACGACCCUUCAAUGUGGGCCAGAUGGGCCAAAUCCCGCAGGUCCGCACCUCCUACACGAACGCCCCGCUCCAGCCCUCCACCUCGGCCCAUCAGAUGAGCAUGAACCCGUCCUCGAGCCGCCAAAUCCCCCAACCCUCGAGGUUUGUGGUUCGCCAGCCGGCACAGUCGGCCCAAGAAAGCCGCGCCUACGAAAAGAGCUACACCGCCAGACCCCAGCUGAGAUAUGGCACUGUGACGAGGACGGUUUCGACACUACCGCAGAGGGAUGUGCGCAGAAACAAUGUAAAUAACAUGACAAGGACGUAUGAGAUCCGCCGUGAUAGGUCCCGAAGCCCCAGCGAACAUCAAACGCAAGUCACGGUCCUGGAAAUCAACCCGAAAAAACUGGAGAGAAAGCUGGUCAUCCAGCCGAAAGUGGUCUAUGAACAGCAGGAAAAAGAAAGACUGGAGAAGGGCGAACAUUUGAGAUACGUCACGGAAACUGAGCCCCGAUAUCAGCCCGAAAUCCUCCAAUAUGAGGGCCAAGUACAAUAUCAAGAGGAACUUUCGUCCUCUUAUGAGGAGAGCAGCUCGCAAGGAGUGAAUAAACGGCCCAGUAGAAGCUAUGUGGACACACAGCAGACCUCCUCGCUGGCUUGUAAUGAACGCUUCAGCAGUGAUAAUGUUGAUGUAGAUGAUGAAUAUGUUCAUCAGAUUGGACAUGAAGAAGUGGUCCAAGAACAGUAUGAAGAGGAGGUGGUCACGGAAUAUGUACAAGAACAGUACUACGACGAGAAUGAGAGCUUUGAAGAACGGGCUGAAGAGGUCCAAGUACAAUAUCAAGAGUGGACGGAAGAACAGAUUCAAGAAGCAAAUGGACAGGAAGAGGAGGUAAGAAGCGAAGAAAAUGAGAUUAGAGACCUAAAAAUGCUUUGAAACAAUAAAAAAACAGAAAUUUGACACUUGUUUUGUCAAGUACAAUAUAAUUUAGGUAUCAUUUAACCUUAUUUUAGAUGAAAAUUGAUGUUUUACUGUAUGAUUUUAGCAAAACCAACAUGAAAACCCCGUGGAACGGAAUGUUGAACAUCCUGAACCACCUGAAAUACCUCAAGCAUUCGAAAACAUCCCAGAAAUCCCAUCAAAUAAUCAUGUACCAGGUGCUCCGCAAGAAAACAGUACGUAG